AUGUUUCGGGCAGUUUUCGUGAGUAAUCUGAUUCGAUCUUGCUCUAGAGUUAAGCAUCCAAUUGAUCGGAGCGCACGUUCGCUUCUCUCGUCGGAGAUGGUUCGUCUGUACAGCACCGAAAUGGAACCUCAGCUGUCUCCGGAUCUUAUUAAGAUAAUGGAUCAGAGACUGUCGGCGAUAGAACGUCGGAAUGCUGUUCUUCAGAAGCUUAUUAACCAGCCUGAGUACUCACAAGAAGAGUUUUCAAGAGCUAACAAGGAACUUCGGAAGCUGAGAGAGUCAAUGGAGCUGAUCAAUUACUUGAGGGCCAAACAAAAGGAGAUUGAUGGACUGAAAUCUCUGGUGUCAGAGAGUUCGGAUGAUAAGGACAUGCUUGAUAUGGCUGUAAGUGAAUUAGGCGAGGCGGUGGAGGAAGAGAAGAGACUGCAGACUCUGCUGCUUAAGUCUUUGCUUCCUAAAGAUGAAGCUGAUGAGAGGGAUUGUAUCCUGGAGGUGAGAGCAGGUACUGGUGGAGAAGAGGCUUCUUUGUUUGCCAUGGACAUAUUUAGAAUGUACGAAAGAUAUUCGCAGAAGAAAGGUUGGAAGUUUGAGAUUGUAGACAUCACCGAGUCGGAUAUGAGAGGAUACAAAGAAGCCAGUGCUGCAAUAUGUGGAGCUAGUGUCUAUGGAAAGCUUAAGUUCGAGAGUGGGAUUCACAGGGUCCAGCGUAUUCCAAUCACAGAGAAAUCAGGACGAAUUCACACCAGCGCUGUAUCUGUUGCCAUCCUUCCCCAGGCUGAUGAGGUAGAUGUGCAGCUGAGGAAUGAAGAUAUGAGGAUUGAUACAUACAGGUCGGGUGGCUCCGGUGGCCAACAUGCCAACACUACAAACAGCGCGGUCCGUAUAAUCCAUCAUCCAACGGGGAUUAUGGUCUCCAUCCAAGACGAAAGAUCACAACAUAUGAACAAAGCUAAAGCACUUAAAGUACUGUGUGCAAAGCUCUACGAGAUCGAAAGGCUGAGACUACAGAACAGUCGAUCAAAGCUACGGUCUGACCAGAUUGGCAGCGGAGACCGUUCGGGACGCAUCCGUACAUACAACUUUCCACAAGGGCGUGUAACGGAUCAUCGUGUGGGAAUCACUCACCAUGCGAUCGAAGAUAUGAUGCAGGGAGAGAAUCUUGACUCCUUCAUCGACGCCCUUCUCUUGCGCCAAGAAAUGGACGCCAUUGCUUCUUUCAGCUCCAUUUCAUGA